AUGGUACGACUGGCUGUUAUCGAAGAACUCGAACUGCCAUCACAUUUGAUACGAAAAAAUAAUAGCAAUGCAACUAAACGAUCACGCAGCCAUCCAGUAUACUUUCCGAUUCAUAUCGAUAGCGAUGAUGAAAGCGACAACGGAUCAGCAACAGCAUCUCAUAUAUCCCGGAUGAGUGCAUAUGCCCUGUUCAGUGGACUUCGUACCCCAGAAACUGCCUCUUCAACCAACGAUCAUAGCGUUCGUAGUUCCGUACACAGCAUGUCAUCGUCUAUGACCACUUCUAGUACAAUGUCCAGUGGUGAUGAACAGUGCUUAUUAUCAGCUGAAGCAGUCUGGGAUCAUGUAGCUGUAUUACCUAAUGAGUUACCGUUUGCAAUUGGCGAUAUCAUAUCAGUGCUGGAUUACUCAUCGCAUGAAGAAUUUUGGUACGGUAACUGUCGUGAAAGGGUUGGGUGGUUCCCAUCAUCUUAUGUUAGGGAUCAAUAUUUAACGUUCCAGAUAUUAAAUAGCAAUCCGUCAAUCCCAGACAUUCCUUCGUUAAGUUAUUUCCCACAGUCGAUGAGGUUUUUGCGAGCAAAAAUAGUUCAAGAAUUAAUGCAAACCGAACGUGAUUAUGUCAAUUUAUUGCAAAAUAUUGUUCAGGGUUUUACGGAGCAAUGUCGUCGUCGUAGCGACCUAUUCCCGGCAGUUUGCAUACAGCGCCUUUUCGGAAAUAUUGAAGCCAUUUAUGCUCUACAUUGUAAAUUUCUUCGGGAGCUUGAAUUAGCAUUUAAUCGAAACGUUCCCGAGAGCUCUGCUAUUGGAGCCAUUUUUCUCCGAAAUCGUUCAAAAUUUUCUAUUUAUUCGGAGUAUUGCAAUAACCGGCCGGUUUCGAGUACCGAAUUGGCGUUACUCACCGAACAAACCCACUAUUACCAAUUUUUCGAGGCAUGUCGACUUCUUCGAGGAAUGCCAAAGUUACCUUUAGAAGGGUUUUUGUUAGCGCCCGUGCAGAGGAUAUGUCGUUAUCCGUUACAAUUGUCGGAAUUACUAAAAGCAACGCCAACAUCACACAUAGACAGAGAACCAGUAAAGAUUGCAGUAUCUGCGAUGAAAAAUGUUGCUGCGAUGAUAAAUGAAAAGAAACGACGAUUAGAAGGUUUACAGCAGAUCGUCUUAUGGCAAAUGAAUGUGGAAGGAUGGAGGGGUCCAGAUCUAGUCGAAACUAACAGUCGAAUGAUACAUAGUGGUGAAGUAUACUGUCGUUAUAUUAUUGGUGGAAAUAUCAUUUGGCAUAAAGAUGUUUUGCUAUUUUUAUUUGAUCAGUCGCUGGUAAUAUGUAAAAAAGAUCUCAUCAAGCGUAAUUUUUAUAUAUUCCGUGACCGGAUUUCUCUUAAUUCAGUAACAUUUCUGAAUUGUAAUGAUGGAAGAGACUCAGCAACGGGUUUGAAUCUAAAGAACUCGUGGAAAUUGAUAAUGAUGGGUAGAGAAGUGGUAUUCACUUGUAAAGAUCGCAGUUCUAAAGUAAUUUGGGUGGAGCAUUUACAACGACCAUUAAUUUAUUCGCCAGCAACAGCUGAAGAAAGGAAACUGAUUUGCGAAACGAUUUAUCGCACUUCAAACAGCAAAUUGACAUUGAAUCAGAUGGGUGGUGGUAAGAUCAAUGGUCGAUUCACUUGGUGGAAAACAAAAAAUUGA